UUUUUGUGAAGCACGUGAAGUAAUGUUCAUCUACCUACCCUCUAAUAUCCACUCUUCCUUUCAUAUAAAAUCUUCCCUCUGCAACCAUCUUUCCACCACAACACUCUUCCAACCCUUUCUUUUUCCAUAACAAGUACUCAAAACCAAUUGAAUUCUGCUACCAAAUAUAUCAAUAUGGUUAGUGUGUCUGAAAUCCGCAAGGCUCAGAGGGCAGAAGGUCCUGCAACUAUCUUGGCCAUUGGCACUGCUAAUCCAGCCAACUGUGUUGAACAAAGCACUUAUCCUGAUUUUUACUUUAAAAUCACUAACAGUGAGCACAAAACCGUACUCAAAGAGAAAUUCCAACGCAUGUGUGAUAAAUCUAUGAUUAAGAGAAGAUAUAUGUACUUGACAGAAGAGAUUUUGAAAGAGAAUCCUAGUCUUUGUGAAUACAUGGCACCUUCCUUGGAUGCUAGGCAAGACAUGGUGGUCGUCGAGGUACCUAGACUAGGGAAGGAGGCUGCAGUCAAGGCUAUAAAAGAAUGGGGGCAACCAAAAUCCAAGAUUACUCACUUGAUCUUUUGCACCACAAGUGGUGUAGACAUGCCCGGAGCCGAUUACCAACUCACCAAACUCUUAGGUCUUCGCCCAUAUGUGAAGAGAUACAUGAUGUACCAACAAGGAUGCUUUGCAGGUGGGACGGUGCUUCGUUUGGCUAAGGACUUGGCUGAGAACAACAAAGGCGCUCGUGUGUUGGUUGUUUGUUCUGAAGUGACUGCAGUUACAUUCCGUGGUCCAAGCGAUACUCACUUGGACAGUCUUGUUGGACAAGCACUAUUCGGAGAUGGAGCUGCUGCACUUAUUGUUGGUUCUGACCCAGUACCAGAAAUUGAGAAACCUAUAUUUGAAAUGGUUUGGACUGCACAAACAAUUGCUCCAGAUAGUGAAGGAGCCAUUGAUGGUCACCUUCGCGAAGCAGGGCUAACAUUCCAUCUUCUUAAAGAUGUUCCUGGGAUUGUUUCAAAGAACAUCGAUAAAGCAUUGGUUGAGGCUUUCAAACCAUUAGGAAUUUCUGAUUACAACUCUAUCUUUUGGAUUGCACACCCAGGUGGACCUGCAAUUCUUGAUCAAGUCGAGCAAAAGUUAGGCUUGAAGCCGGAAAAGAUGAGGGCCACUAGGGAAGUACUUAGUGAGUAUGGAAAUAUGUCAAGUGCUUGUGUGUUGUUUAUCUUGGAUCAAAUGAGAAAGAAAUCAACUCAAGAUGGUUUGAACACAACGGGAGAAGGACUCGAAUGGGGUGUGUUGUUCGGCUUUGGACCAGGACUUACAAUAGAGACUGUUGUUCUACACAGUGUCGCUAUAUGAGAUCUUUAAAUAUAUUUGUUUUAUUUAUCAUUUUUAAUUUUUCUUUAUUUUUAUGUAUGGAAAAUAAAACUCAUAAUUCAACAUGAGCUUUUGUUUUAAUCAAUGAUAUAUAAAUAAAGGGAGCCAAAAGAUACAAAGGAA